UUUCGGCAACGGCCGGCAUGGGUGAAGGCCGUUGUCGUUGAAACAUCGUAAAUAUCCACGUGUUUUCGACCACGGGUUCUAACCACAUUAAAAUUUUAAUAAAUAAGUAGUUGUUUAUUAAAUAUUUUAGAAUCAUGACGAAGUCAAAACAUAAUAAUAACAAUGAUAAGUGGAAACCUGUCACUUUAGAAGGUGCUUUUCUCUCGAGUAGUGUAGGAGGACUUAUAGGAAUAGAAGAGUUGACAGAUUAUAAUUUAGAAAGGAAUAAUAAAAGGGACAGUAUAAUAACAACAAAUGUAAAAUCUGUAAAAGGGAAGAAGAAAAUAAUAAAGGAUCCCUGUUCAAGUGAGUGGGAUGUCACUGAUGACACCGAUGUUGAACCUCCUGCGAAAAAAUCAAAGAAUAAAAAAAUUAAAACAAAAUCUACAAAGAAGAAGAAUGAAAAAACGGAGAAAUCAACGAAGUCUAAAACUACUGAUAAAGAAACUGAUUCUGAUACCAAAGAUAAUUUGUGUCUUAGUACAGAAGAUGAAGUAAAGUCAACAGAGGUUAAUGUUGGAGCUUGGAGUUCCAUGGGAGUUCCUCCUGUUGUUAUAAAAGCUUUGACUGAUCAGAAUUUUCAUUCUCCUACUGUGAUACAAGCUAGGACAUUGCCAGCUGCUAUAUUGGGCCACAGAGAUAUAUUAGGCGCAGCUGAGACAGGUAGCGGCAAAACAUUGGCCUUUGGUAUUCCAAUAAUAAAAGGUAUUCUAGAAUUGAAGAGUCAACAAAUGGGAACAUUAGUGCCAAAAAAAUCUGUAAAAACUAGUAGCAAAAAUAAAGAAAGGAAUUGUCACAAGAAAGAAACUGGAGAUAAUAAUUUUACAAAGUCUGAUUCGGAAGAUGACAUAUCAAAAUCUCAGAACUGUGUCCGUGUUGUGGAACUAGAUAAUUGCCAGCAUACUCCGAACAAACCUCUGUAUGCAUUAAUUUUGGCACCAACUCGUGAACUAGUAGUUCAAAUAAAACAACACCUUAUUCAGGCAGCGAAAUAUACAGACAUUAAGAUAGCUACUGUAUUUGGUGGUCUGGCAGCAGUGAAGCAAGAGAGGAUACUGAAUCGAGGCCCUGAAAUCGUUAUCGCCACACCUGGAAGAUUGUGGGAAUUAAUUCAACAAGGCAAUUCUCAUUUAAGCCAAGUGGAUUCUAUUCGAUAUUUAGCCAUUGACGAGACAGACAGGAUGUUGGAGAAGGGUCAUUUCCAAGAACUGCACGAUAUCCUGCAGAAGAUAAAUGCGAAUCCGAUGAAACUGGAGAAACGGAAGACGUUUGUUUUCUCGGCUACGCUGACUAUGGUACAUGAUCUGCCGGAUUACCUCGAGAGAAAGAAAAAGAGGCACGUCAGGAGUAAAAUAUACAAGCUCACACCCGGUCAGAAAUUGCAAAAAAUUAUACACUUACUGAAGAUAAGGAAUCCUAAAGUCGUCGAUCUAACGAAGGAGUCAGGCACGGCCGAUAGUCUGACGGAAUGUCGAAUAGUGUGCACAAUCGACCACAAGGAUUACUAUCUGUAUUAUUUCUUGAAAAGACACAGCGGAAGAACGUUGGUGUUUUGCAACAGUAUCGGCUGUGUGAAAAGAUUAGCUACCCUCCUCGGCAUACUCGAGUGCAAACCCUUACCUCUGCAUGCGAAUAUGCAACAACGACAACGUUUAAAGAAUCUCGAAAGAUUUCAAGCUGAUGAAAAUGGCCUGCUCAUAGCCACGGAUGUGGCUGCAAGAGGCUUAGAUAUACCCAACAUCGAGCACGUGAUACACUACCAGGUUCCCAGAACAUCCGAGAGUUAUGUGCAUAGGAGCGGUAGAACGGCAAGAGCUCAGAAAGAAGGGAUAACUGUGCUGAUGAUGGAGCCUUCAGAGAGAGAAAACUACAGCAAGUUGUGCAGAACUCUUGGACGCACACAAGACUUGCCCACGUUUCCCGUAGUGGACAGACUGCUGAUCGCCAUAAAAGAAAGGGUCGACAUUGCUCGCGAUAUCGAUAAGCUGGAAUUGAAAUGUCGCCGAGAAAACACGCAGAAAAGUUGGCUGCGAAAGGCAAUAGAGGACAUGGAUAUGGCCGUGGACGAUGACGACGUUGACAUUGACGAAUCAUCAACGGAGUCGGAAGAAGCUGCGGCAUUGAAACGACAAUUAAAGGCGAAAAAGCAUCAGUUGCAAUCUUUAUUAACGAAGGUGGUAUUCCCGAGAGGAUUUUCUGGAAAGUAUUUCGAUGAAAAUUUCGGCACAAACAUAUAUCCCGAUACGGAAAAGGCCGUUGAAGUGAUGAGAAAGGUUAUCGAAGAUGUUCCCGAUCAAAAAUGCAGCGAAGGGUCCCGGAAGAGACAGCGAUCGCAAAAACCGAAAACAUCGAAGAAGCUUAAGAAAGUAUAAUGUAUAUACGUAUACAUACAUACAUACAUACAUAUAUACAUAUAUGUAUGUACGUAUGUAUUUUUUAAUACACAGAGACGAGAUGGCCAAUGUGUCUUCCAUCUUUUUACAUCGUCGGUUUUACCUUGUAUUUAAUUUUCAUCUGCGGCAAGGUUUGCCAGAAAUCAGACAACUCAUUCGACGCGAGUUUACAUUCUUAAUUAAUUUGAGCGGUUCGUCAUUCUAAUCUAAAGCUGAAUAUACAUUGAGCGAACGAACAAGGAACGUACGGCGAGUGCAAGCUUUCGUUAUUACAAUUUGGAAGAUGCUGGAAAAUUAGGAGAACGUUUCAAGGGCCGACUUGCUCAUAAGACAGCUUAUCAAAGAAAGUUCGCAUACGUUCAGGCGCGAAUGUAUCACACAUUCGCUGUUUGCUCGUUCACUCAGUGCACACCCACCUCAAUAUACGGUCUAACGUGCGUCCGCACUUUCUUAUCUCAAUUAUGUUAGUACAUUAACAUAUGGCAGAGGUAUGUACAGAGGGUAUCUGUAUUUCUCCACAAAGACGGAUGUACAUAUCUCCUCGACGCGCGUCCUUGCGAGUACUACAGUACACUUCGUGACAGCGGAUAUACCGGAAGAACGAUCGAAGAACACAGCCCGUUUGUCUACUCGUACAAUACAAUUUCACUCGCCGCUGCUGCGAGUUCGACACUUGAGACUCCGCGUG